UUUCCUCCUUCAUCCGUCAUCGAUCGUAGCUCACGUAGUAAGUAUAGACUGCUACGCUUCCAGUCUCCGGUCCUGGGGUUGGUUAUCACAGGGUAGAAUCACGGGAUCCAUUCAAGAGUGUUAUCCGAGUGUAUUCAUCAUUCAGGCCCUCAUGGCAUUCUUAGCCCUUAUCUCUCGUUUUCGGGUGCUUCAUUCAAAAGACUGACUCGAACCCGUGCAAAUUUUUUUUCGGGGUUCACUUUCACCACCACCACCGUCACCCAUGUCGGAUAUCAUCAGCGUUCCCAAGCUCGGCAGUGGCAAGAACGACGAACAAGAUGAAGUUGCAACACCGUAUAAGGUUCACUGGUUCCGUUCCACGAUUUUCCAGGUUAUCGUAGUUGGGAUGGUGUUUUUCUGCGCUCCAGGAAUGUACAACGCUCUAUCGAGUUUAGGAGCUGGAGGCCUUGCAACACCGUGGUACGCUAAUGCUACGGCGGCGGCGGGAUACGUCUUCAUGGCAUUCUUCGCGCUCAUUGGUGGGAUUAUAGUCAGUAAAAUCGGGCCUAGGUUGGCAUUGUUCAUAUCAAGUACCGGCGAUGUGAUUUAUGGUGGAAGCCUUUAUCUCAACUCCAAGAACGGUACCCAGUGGUUUAUGAUGCUCGGUUCUAUAUGGUCAGGCGCUACCGACGGGUUGAUGUAUAGUGUGGAAGGUGCAAUCAUUACCGGUUACCCUGAACCGGACGUAAAGGGUCGCAUGCUUGGUUUAUGGGUCUUCAUGCGUUCCAUAGCACCUUGCAUCGGUGGCGCGAUCAUUCUCGGAUUGAAUUCAGAGACUGAUUCAUCUGGAGGGGUAUCAUUAACGACUUACAUUGCCAUUAUCGUCAUCAUGUGUUUGGGACCAUUUUUCGCUCUUCUCUUGUCGGCACCUGAGAAAGUGCAGAGGAAAGAUGGGAGAAGGGUCGGGUGGAGGAGGGCUGGAUUCGUUCAGGCUUCGAAGGAGUGGUGGAGGGUUGCUAGUUCGAAAGAUAUGUUACUCCUCUGUCCGUUAUUCUUCACAUCGUGGUUCUACAAUUCCUACAUCGGAACACUCCAAACACAAUACAUGACGGUUCGUACACGAGCCCUAUGCGCUUUCGCUAUUCCAUGGGGCGACAUUCUCGGCGGCUUCAUGAUAGGUUCCUUCCUCGAUUGGAAACGAAUUUCUGUCGCCAGACGUGCAAGGUGGAGCUUUAUCGGGAUCAUGGUUUUCAAUCUCGCCCUUUGGGUAUGGGCUGCAAUCAUCACGAAACAACUUCAUGAUAGUCAUGAGAUCGUCGACUGGACGUCUGGAUCCCUGUUCAGCAAGACGUUCUCGUUGUUCGUCAUCUUCGAUGCUGCUACGAUGAUGACACAGACCGCUAUGUUCUGGAUCGUUGGGAAGAUGUCCGAUGACUUUGCGGUUCUCUCAUACAUGACUGGGACUUUACGAGCUGUAGAAUCAGCAGGACAGGCUGUUGCGUAUGGAAUCAAGUCUACGGAUUCGUCAGACUGGAUAUCGAUUGGGAUGAAUAUUGGAUUGAUCGUCCUUUCUCUUCCCUUCGCCUGGGUCGUCAUACGGAAGAUCGGUGUUGUUGAUUUUGAGAGGAUUACGUUUGAGCAUGUUACGAAGACGACGGUUCAUGAAGAUUCUCCUUCCUCACCGUCGCCUUCGAGGGGGAGUGAGGAGAAUGAGAAGAGGGCUUAAAAAUGUGCAAUGUUAGGUUGUGGUACGAGUAGCUUCAUGUGGAGACGGUUUUCUUUUGGAAACGGGUCAUUGUUCUUUUUUUUGUUCUUUGGUUGUGCGAGGAGAUGACGUUCGAAAGCUUUAUAACACGUUAAGUCAACGGGGGUGAACGGUAGUAAUCAACGCAUUCUCAUCAUUACCUUCGAAGAAAUAAUCCGAGUUAACACCU